AUGAGCAACCGUCGUCCAUUUUCCGAACUCAACGAAUAUUCGCUUCCGGACUUGGAACGUCGUAUUAUCAUUGCUGUUCUUCACAACGAGCUCGACCUUGCCGAAUUCUUGAAUGCUGUGGACCCAUUGAGAAGAGAAGUGGACCAUAAUCGGGAUGAUGUAGACAAUACUAUGAAUUCGAACAGUUCGGAUACAGAUUCAAUUGCCUCGGAUAGUUUGGAGCUCGAGCUGGAUGAGGGAGAGCAGCAGCAGAGGGAGGAAAAUGAUAGAGAAGAUCAAGAAGUCGCAGAAAAGGAAAACAAGGAAUAG